AUUACCAUUCUGCCUUCCUCUGACACAAAUCUAUAUUCUACCUUUGAAGGUUGAAGGUUGAAGCUUGAAGCCAGCGGUCUAUCUCCUCUUCGAGUGUUCUGAUCUCUCCCUUUGCUGAGACCCUCAAGAAAGUCACAGUGUACGUGAAGAAGGUCGCAAUGGCAACGACUAUAGCUACAAUGGCCAUGCUCAAUGCUAAAUGCUUCAGCAUCAAAUCAGCUUCACCCAAUAAUCUCAACGCCUCCAAUAAGCCAUCUGUAAAACCCAUCUCCCUCCUUUCCCUUCAAAACCUCCCCAAAGGCCUUAUCACUUCCAAAUCCUCGGACGGUUCAAACUUGGCAGGGACUGCUAUCGCUGGUGCCAUCUUCUCUACAUUGAGUUCUUGCGAUCCAGCCUUGGCAGCCCAACAAAUUGCAGAGAUCGCCGAAGGCGAUAACCGUGGGCUUGCAUUACUACUGCCCAUAAUCCCCGCGAUUGCUUGGGUGCUCUUCAACAUUCUUCAACCGGCUCUCAACCAAAUUAACCGAAUGAGGAGCUCAAAGGGGAUCAUCGUGGGGCUGGGGCUUGGUGGAUUGGUUGCGUCGUCUAGCUUUAUGUCUACACCUAGUGCGUCAGCCAGUGAAAUUGCCAUGAUUGCCGACGCUUCCACGAGCGAUAGUCGAGGUACGCUUCUGUUGGUGGUUGUUGCUCCGGCUAUUCUUUGGGUCCUCUACAACAUUCUUCAACCAGCUUUGAACCAGAUCAACAGGAUGAGGUCGCAAUAAGAUGGAAUAUUAUAUAUAUAUAUAUAUAUGGGAUGGGUGGCUCUGGCUCUUUCAGAAGAUUGUUACACCUCUUCUUAAUUCUGGAUGAUUUUCACCCCCUUCUCUCCAUUUUGUUUUUUCCUUUCUCACUCUAGUUGUUGCAUGGUGGAUACUCAUAGAUGGUUAUCUGAAUUGAAUUGUAUCUCUGUAGGGUUCAUGUAUAUCAAAGCUAUAUGGUUAAUUUCUGUAUCUACUCUUUUUUUUUUU